GCUAUGUGACUGAUGUCUCGCCUUGCACCCAAAAAGCCAUCGCUUUGUAGUGACGGACCUUUAACAGAUGAAGUGUGUCAAACACUGUCUGUAUUUAGAGAAAUCCUCAAAUCGUGUUAUGGUCCUUGUGGCAGACUGAAGCUCAUACAUAACAACCGGGGAGGUCGUGUUCAGACCACUUCAUCAUCUGCAGUUUUGCUGAAUGGGGUUCCUUUGUCCCAUCCAGUGCUGAAGCUGCUGGCUGCAUCUGUUAUGAACCAUGUGUCUCGAUUUAGCGAUUGUGGUUUGUUUGCAGCAAUCCUUGGCUGCACCUUGAUUGAAAAUACACAGAGGUUAAAUAUGGCGAGCAGUUCAGUUAUUAAAAUAUACAGACAACUUUUAAACUUAAGUAUUGCCUAUUUAAACAGCGAGGACUGUAGCUGCAGAGUGAAAGUUGAUUUCAAAAGCAGCCAGACUCUAUUAGCGCUAGCACGCACAGUGAUAGCUAGCAAGCCAGCUUGCAUGCUCACCUUUAAAGAGGGAGAAUACAUAAGUUCAAUGGUGUUGAAGGCUUUCUUACGCACAGUUCCAUGUACGGUGGGACCUAAUGCUUGUUUAGGGAAGGUGGUCAUAGUUCCUAUUGAGGGAAACAUAGCACAGGACACUGCUGUACUCUCUGGUUUACUUGUACAAAUGCCAGAGGCACUGCCACUCUCCAACAUAAAGAGACUUUCUUCGAGUUGCAUUAAUGUGGCAGUCUUCAAUGUUUCAAUGUCUGGGGAUCUUUCUGAUGCUGCUGAUGGAACCGUGGAAAUAAGUUGUACUGUGUCCCCAGAAGCGGCCAUUCUGGAGCAGCUACUUAGAGUGGGCAAGCAGAUGGUCAGCGAGUGUGUAGGCCUUUUGGUGUGUCAGAAGGUGGUUCAUCCUGUGUUGAAACAGUACCUGCAAGAGCAAAAUGUGAUUGUUGUAGACCGAUUAGGAUCUGCCCUGAUGGAGCCACUGGUCCAAAUGACAGGUGCACAAUCUGUAGCUUCAUAUCAAUCCGCUGUUCCUUCCAACUGCUAUGGGCUGCUGAAGGACCUUUGUGUUGUGAGUUUUGGGUCUAAAGAGUUGCUCCAUUUAAUUCCUGGUGAGGAUUCAACAGUCUGCAGCUUGGUCCUCUGUAACAGGAAUGAGACCACAUUGAGUGAACUCAAGAUUGCAUGUCAGACUGCAGAGGAUGUGCUAAGACUUUCACUCACAAAGCCAUUUGCACUACUUGGUGGUGGAUGCACAGAAACACAUUUAGCAUCCUACAUUAGAAGCAAGUGCACUAACAGGAUUGAAGACGUCCUGUCAGACCUUGCCUGCUCCUAUACCGAGUACCAGCUGGCCGUUGACAGCUUUUGCCGCUCAUUAGAGUCUCUUGCGCGUUCCUUGGAGCACGAUGGUGGUGAAAGUCUUGUAGAUCUGUCCCAUGGUCAUCGGUGGUUCGUUCAGGCCAGCAGUCCUCUCGAUUCUUACUGGAAAGAUUUGGUUAACAGCUGUGGCUGCGGGCUGUUUGAGAAACAUCAGAGUCUGGACUGGGCUAUUUUGGGUGAUAAGUAUCCCUCUCUUACUCCUGGAGCAGAUUGCAGCCAGUUUGAAGAAACCACCCCUGAUCUUUUUGUAUUGGACUCCUUUCCAGCAAAAAUCAAUGCUUUGCAGAUAGCAGUCGAGACAGCAAAUCUCAUCUUGGAUCUCAAAUACAUCAUACAGGAUGUUAAUUAGCAGUUUUUGUUAGUUAUCCUUUUUUUUCAAAUAACACUGCUUUUUUUUGUAUGAAAAUCUGUAAAACAUUCAGGAUUGCAAAUAAAUAUUGUAUGUUGUAAAGCAGAA